AUGCAUAUAAAACUCAUUCCCACCCUGGGACUCAUGCUCCCGCUCUUCACAGCAGUGGCGCAAGCAAACGUGGAAAAGACCAUCUUUCUAGCACCAAUACCAGCAAUCGUCCCUUCCGAGCAGCCAGACCUCGACGACCUAGGUCUAGAGCGUCUAUCACCACAGAAACCCGUGGUGCGAACCCAGCUAAAUGCCUCAUUCCCAACGGCUGCGGCCCCCUAUGGUACAGACUCGUGGUUCUUCCUUGAAAACCUGAACCCGGGCCAGCGGUAUGAAGUACGAGUGUGCUGGCUAGCGACACAACCAACAACAUUCACCCUCACCACCUACCCGCUCUCAAAAACAAUCGAAGACAAAAACCUCCUGUCUUCCCUGAGCAUGUACACAGCAGCCCGACUCGCAGCAGCAGACACAAUCCAAGAAAAUGUCAUCCCGCACAGUGCCAACGCACGCGGUGGCAAAGAUGUGCUCGACCCUGUGCCGACGAGUGACUCGGUUUUGUUUCUGCAUGUGCACGCCGCGGCAGAUUACUUCAGUACAGAUCAGGCAUUGAUGCAGAAUGUCCCACCCGUGGCGGUGGAUUUGAUUCUUGAUCCAUUCUUGUUUAAUGUUUUCCCGCGCUCGUUGGUGCCGACUGCUGGGUGGAUUGUACUUGUUGCUGUUCUCGCGGCAGUGCUGGGGAGGUGGAUUGUGAAGGAGGUUGGGAGGGCUGUGGAUGAUGCUAGGAGGCAAAGUGUUUUGGAAGAGAUGAAGAAGAAAUGA